GUGAACAAAUUAGUCAUGUUUUAAGAAUGAUGUUCGGAUUGAUUUCGGGUAUGGUGAAAGAUCCUUCGAUGAAUGAUCAACUUGAAGCUACUAGAUUAGCGAUUAUCAGACUUGAAGAAAGUUUACAUACCGAUCAAAGAAUCGAUCCUUCAAGUUCUAAUGAUCAAUUCCAAAGGUUUAGUGAAAAUCAAAACGCUUAUCAGGAUCAGGAUCAACAUCAGGAUCCGAAUCGAGAUGAAGAACAUGAUGAAAUAGAAGAUGAAGAAAUGGAAGAAGUCGAAGAUGAAGAUGAAGAUGAAGAAUUAGAAGAAACUGAAGAAACUGAAAUCGAAAGUGAUCUUAGUCGAGAUUCUAGAUCGAUUUAAGUCAUCUUCUUUUGAUCAUAUCAUCCAUUCUCUUUUUUUCUUUUGUCAACGGUUUUUGACACGAUUUGUCAAGGUUUUUUUUCAUCUGAUUUUUUAAUCUAGAGAGAUAAAAUCUUAUAAACAAAAUAGAUGUUGAUUUUUGAUAAAUUGAAUCUUGUUUUUUUAUUGACUCUUUUUGUGGGACACAGUAGGGAGGUUUUUUUUUACUUAGAGUUGAUUUGUUUCAUAUUAGGUUUUUUGGGGGGCUUUGAAUUUUGUUUUUGUUUUUGGUCAUUGAAAAAAAAAACUCAAAAAGUAUAAAUAAUUGUAGAAGAAAUAAUUUAAAGAAGUGAUCCUUAGAUUUAGAUCUAGAUUAGAUUUUAUUUAAAAAGAUGAUUAUAAAGAAUUUUAUAAUUUUACAUUG